AAGCGUCAAGUUGAUUCAAUCAAUGCAACCAGCCCAAAUUCUGUGGACCCGACGAUGCAUAAAAUCAACAAACUUUUAUCAGAAGGCAAAUUGCAACUUUGCCAUUCAAAAGGUGUCACGUGCUCAUUAGCAGGCCCUCCAGGUCCACCUGGACCUAGAGGGGAGAAAGGAGCCCGGUGACGAAGAGGACACAGAGGGAAACCUGGAAAAAAAGGAGAUCAAGGCAUCAUGGGAUCACCAGGAAAAAGCGGCAAGCAAGGUAUUAUGGGACCUGUUGGGCUGGCUGGCCAAGCUGGUCCUAAAGGACAAAAAGGAGACAUGGGGCCCGCGGGCAUGCCGGGAUCUAAAGGAGAGCCUGGUGAAUCAAUUUCAGCACCUUCUGUUGCUGUUUCUCCUGCAAGGUCGACUGUAAACGAAAGCGGAUCAGCCAAGUUUCAGUGUUCAGCUACUGGGAAUCCUAGGCCUUCAAUAACAUGGAGUAAAUUGAACAGUCAAACAAAAAUAAACCAGUCAGCGGUUGCCGGAGGAACUCUGCUCUUAAAGAACUUGAAAGGAGGUGAUGCGGGUGUGUAUAAAUGUUCAGCGGUAAACAUCUUGGGACGGGCGCACGCAGUUGGUCAUUUGGUAGUGAAUGGUGAGUUCAUGGACACAUCGUGUCAAAAGAGCAGAGGCAUGUGAAAGCACUAUACCAUAAAUAAAAAUUUAUUCACUCUGAAAAUUAAAUAAGAUCCUGUUAUUUUACGUAGGCAAGCAUUUGACAAAUUGACGAAACCUUGGAUAGGUACUUAAUUAAUUAAUCUAGACGUGAUGUUUGUCUUUUUUAACCUUGCAUUGGGUUCGUGUACUAUACCUGAUAAGGAUCACAAUCACACAAAAAGUAAAGUCGGUUCGUCGGUAGUUUGGUCAAGAAAAAUUAAAAGGGCAAAGAACACAACUAGCAACAACAAGUUCGAUUGUUUAGUGCACGUAAUGUUGCUAAUUAGGGAACUAACACCUUCUCUAACUGUCCAAUCGGGCUCAAUUCGAGUAAAACUUUUUGCGUGACUUUGCAUAUUUCAUAUAUGCUAAUGACCAUUCAAAAUUUUUUUUUGUCAGUUUAUCAGCAAUCACUUUGAACUUGAAAAUGGCGUCAACAUGACACCGAAACGUCUUUCGUUCUUAUCGGCGUUAUAUUUCAUUUGUUUCCUCAUAACUAAACCUUUGCUUAUUAAGAUCUUUUGUACGAACCCUUUUUUAGAACAUACUUAAAGUAUACCUCAGGCUGAGAGUAAGAACAUUUCUAUUUUGCUCAUUUUUUAGCCUACGAGUGCUAGCUGCUACUUUAGGCCAUUUUUAUGCGGCGAAUACUUCACUCGUUUUGUCUUGAUUGGAUCAACAUUAAAAGCUACAUCAAGCCUGAAAUUGGCACAAUAAACAUGUUUUACUCCCACGAAGAGCAACAAGUGUCGUAAUGACAUGAAAUUCUUUCGUUUUGCAGUUCGGCCUUCCGUAUCUCUUAAUCCGGGACCCUUUUACGUCGUUGAAGGAAGUAAUGCAACUCUACCAGUGUGUCACGUGACCGGCUAUCCUACGCCACUGGUCACAUGGAGUAAGUCAUUUGGUCAGCUACCCCAGGGGAGGGUAGACAGUAACAACAGUGUCAUCAAACUGUCUGGAGUCCGUAAGGCUGAUUCUGAUAACUACCUCUGCAUUGCUACUAAUCCGUUAGGAACUGUAGUAAAACGAACUGUUUUAGUUGUGGUCUCCCUCCCUAAAUUCAAUGUAAAGCCACCAGAAAAAGUUACCGCGUUGAUUGGCGAAACAUUUACUUUGAACUGCACUGCUACCGGUGAUCCUCAGCCAAUCGUGAACUGGAAAAAACAAGGAGCACAACUUCCAGUUGGACGAAGCCAGGAGAUCAAUGGUGUGUUAUUUAUCAGAAACACGAAAAAGGAGGAUGCAGGGAAUUACGUUUGUGCUGCAAUGAGUGCAGGGUUUUUUACCGUGGAAACUGUCACAUCUGUUGAGCUU